GGUAUUUUUCAAGAAUUAUGGCGGCCAGUGCCGCGAACGCAAUGAGCACUGCCCCUCCGUGAGUUCCUCUCCUUUUCGCGCAUCCUUUUGCCUAAUGUUUGAUCCCUCUCUUCAUUUUCGAUCCAUCUUUUUACCAACCUUUUCAAUUUGAAACUCGGUAUUCAUGAAGUUUAUUCAGUUGGAUUUCAGGAAAGGAAUAAAUAAAACCUGAGAAGCUUUGAACCUCGCCUGAUCUUUCCUAGUUCUGCUCCACUUUCUUCGAAUCAACCCCAUAUUAAAGCCAAAGAUUUCAAGCUUUCCCCCAUUCCUUUUUUCUGCUGUAAUCAUCGUCUGUUUCUGUGCCAACCAUAUAGAAGCUAUGAUUUCCCCCUUCCAUGGUAUCUAAUUUUGGAGAAGGAAAGGAGGAUAUUUUACCAAAUGGGGUUGUUGCCGUCGAAUCCGAACUCAGAAAGCGAGCAGGAUGGUGGGAAGAAAAAUAGUGCGAUGGUGCAUCUCAAUGUAUAUGACCUUACGCCUAUGAACAAUUAUUUUUACAUGUUUGGAAUUGGAAUCUAUCAUUCAGGAAUAGAAGUGCAUGGCAUGGAAUAUGGCUUUGGAGCUCAUGAGUACCCAGCAAGUGGCGUCUUUGAGGUGGAACCUAGAAGCUGCCCUGGCUUCAUCUUCAGGCGAUCAGUGUUCUUGGGUACCACAGAUAUGUCUAUUUCAGAGUUCCGUUCAUUUAUGGAAAUCCUCGCAAGUAAAUAUCAUGGAGACACUUACCAUCUGAUAGCCAAGAAUUGCAACCAUUUUACAGAUGAAGUCUGCCAACAACUAACCGGAAAGCCUAUACCUGCAUGGGUAAAUAGGUUGGCUCGAGUAGUUUCAGGUUCUUUCUGCAAUUGUCUACUGCCGGAAAGCCUUCAGGUUGCUGCUGUUGCACAUAUUCCAGAACGUUUGGCAUAUUCUGAUGAUGAGGGAUCAGACUCUAGGAGGCUGUCUUCAUCUGGGGAGAGCGAAAAUGAGGACGCUGAUCAAAAUCUGUUGAUUGCACCUCAUGUUGGAGAAGUGGCCUUUCUAAAAGAAAAUCCUGUGCGCCUGGCACGCGAACUCUUGUGACUCUCAUUUGGUUAACAAACAUCGCAUGAACAAGUCUCUCGAGUUGGUAUAUUGUAUACCCCAGAAAAGAAUGUUUUGUAAUUUUAGUACGACCGACAUACUCUGUUGUAAAUUUUUGUACUUUUCAAUGUCUGUACUGUACUUAUUAUGUAGAAGCGACUCUUUUGACCAUUGAAGUUAUCACUUGAAUAUAGAAGUUCUUGUAAUUUUUCGA